AUGGAGAGGAUGACCGUGACUUCAAAGCUCAAAGAGGAUGACUUGCCUUUUUGGAAGAUCAAAGUUGAGGAUGAGGAUGACCUACCUAUUAUUCCAUGCAAGGAAGAAGAAUUACGAAUCAUCCAAGGGGGAAUGAGUAAAAUCAAUUUUGAGCUGACGGAAGCAGAACCCACUCAGCAAAUGGAUGCAAAAUGUGAAAGGAGGUUGCUGGCCAAUAAAGAAGCUGCAAAGCGUUCAAGAAAAAAAAAGGAGCAUCUGAAGGAAUUGGAGACACAGGUUUCUGAAAUGAAAGCUGAAAACUUCUAUUUAUGGGAGCAUGUCACUGAAAUAAGCCUAAAGCUCAGCAUUGCACUAGCUGACAAGAAAAUCUUGGAAGCAGAUAAUGAGACACUGAGAGCAAAGGUGGCUAUGGCUGAGGAAACCUUAAAAGGAGUUACUGGGAUGCAUUUAACUGUGCCACCUGAGAUAUCAACAAUGAGCAUACCAUCUUUUGCUGAUAAUCACUUGGACCAAUCCCUUUGUUAUAAUUCUGAAAUCCAGAAUGACUUGCUGGACAUCUCACUGCUCAAUAAUGCAUGGCAGGAUUAUCCUGCAACAACAGCUGGGAUGAACAAUAUGGAGGUGAUGAUGGCUGAAGAAACAGUUAGAAGAAUGCAGGGAGAGGGCAGCUGCUUGGAAAACCUGCCAAAUUGCACCAGUGGGAUCAACUCAAACUCACUCCAUGAUGAGAAGCAAUGA